AUGGAGUCGUCCGAAGUAGAGAAAAAUGGGAAAGGCGACGCUCAACCGACUCAACAACACUCGUCGAGUGCACCAGCCACAAAAAUGAUCCGCUCUCCGAUCGAUUUGGUCAAAUGGAAACGUUCAAAGGCUUUUCACGACUACAUGGACUUCUUGCGUCGAAUCAAUGAGUCGAUUGUUGGCGUUUCGACGAGUCAAUGGAUCCCACAGUCACCUGGAGUGCAAAAGGUGCUCCAAAUUCUCGAAGAGGUGAAAUCUUGGACCACUAAACACCCGCCAGAAGAGGAGAUGAUGCAACGAUACGGGAAUAAGGCUUUCCGAAAGUGGUAUGAUGAACUGCAACAAAACGCGAAACGAUUGCUGAAAGAAGUUACCGAAGAUUUGGACGCCGAAUCACCCGAGGAAAUUCUCUAUCCCUACUUAUUGGACUCAUUUGGGAAUCAAACGAGAAUCGAUUAUGGAUCUGGACACGAGGCUGCGUUUCUGAUUCUUUUGUUGUGCUUGGAAAAGAUUGGUCUUUUCACGAAAGAGGAUUCAGCGGCGAUCGGAAUCGUCUUGUUUGGAGAGUAUCUUCGAGUUUGUCGACACUUGCAAAGAACCUAUAAAAUGGAGCCCGCUGGAUCACAUGGAGUGCACAGUUUGGACGAUUAUCAAUUUGUUCCAUUUUUAUGGGGCUCUUCACAACUGCGAAACACCGAUUUCAGCCCCGACUCCUACCCGAUUCCGGAAAGAGCUCAAGAAAACGAGAAGAAGUCACUAUUUUUGGAGGCAAUUGUGUACAUAAACGAGACAAAAACGGGCCCAUUCCAUGAACAUUCAAAUCAACUUUGGAAUAUUUCCGGUGUACCCUCUUGGGACAAAGUCAAUUCAGGUCUCUUAAAGAUGGUAAUGGAAGCUCUUGUGGCCGAAGAGUUUGACGAUUUGGACUUGAACCUAAGCCACGAAAUCAUCGGACGAAGCGACAUGGAGCUGGGCGAUGUCACUCAACACAACGUGCAGCAACUCAAAAAGCUUAAUCAGGCUGUCUUUCCAGUAGUCUACAACGACAAAUUCUACAGGGAAAUUAUCAACGCCGGUGAAUUGGCCAAAUACGCUUAUUUUAACGAUAUCGUUGUGGGCGCCGUUUGCUGCCGCUACGACACAUUUGAGGGAGGGAAGGGUCUCUACAUCAUGACGUUGGGCACGUUGGCGCCAUACCGAAACUUGGGAAUUGGGCGAAUGUUGUUGGAGCACGUGUUCGAUCUUUGCAAAAACGAUCAUGCCAUUACAAAUGUCUUUUUGCAUGUACAGGUUAACAAUGAGACGGCUCUUGACUUCUACAAGAAAAACGGUUUCGAAAUUCGUGAUGUCGUCGAGAAAUACUACAAGCGAAUAGAUCCCGAUAGCGCCUAUUUGGUGGUGAAGAAAAUCGAGCGA